AUGUCGCUCUCGAUACCUGGGCCCUCCCAGGCCGGUCUCUUCAAGGCCGGCUACCAGAGCCACGACGCCGAAGAUGGAGCCGUCAUCCGUAACAUCGAAGCCUGCCAGGCUAUCUCGCAGACCGUGCAGACCUCCCUGGGCCCCUACGGCCGCAACAAGAUCGUCAUCAACCACCUGCAGAAGAUGAUCCUGACCUCCGACGCUGCUACCAUUCUCCGCGAGCUCGAUGUCGUGCACCCGGCUGCCAAGCUGCUUGUUAUGGCGAGUCAGCAGCAAGAUGCUGAGAUGGGCGAUGGUACCAAUAUGGUUAUCGUCUUUGCGGGCGAGCUGCUCAAGAAGGCGGAGGAGCUCAUUCGCAUGGGAUUGAAGACCAGUGAUAUUACUUCUGGUUAUGAGAAGGCACAGAACUUUGCUUUGAAGGUCCUUGAAGAUCUUGAGGUCGACCGACUUAAGGAUAUGCGCUCAGUUCCGGAACUCAGUAAAGCGCUGCGGACGGUUGUGGCUAGCAAGCAGUCUGGUACGGAGGAUACUCUAGCUGCGUUGGUUGCGGAGGCUGUUCUGGCUGUCCUGCCCAAGAACCCCCUCAACUUCAACGUGGAUAAUGUCCGUGUCGUCAAGAUCAUGGGUGGCAGCUUGGAACAGUCUCGUGUGGUUAAGGGUAUGGUGUUCGGUCGGGAGCCCGAUGGAAUUAUCAAGCAGGCUCGCAAGGCCAAGGUCGGCGUUUUCAGCUGCCCCAUUGACACCUCCCAGACCGAGACCAAGGGAACUGUUCUGCUGAAGAACGCUCAGGAGAUGGUUGACUACACCAAGGGCGAGGAGGGGCGCUUGGAAGCUGCCAUUAAGGAGCUGUACGACUCGGGUCUUCGCGUGGUUGUUGCUGGUUCUACCGUUGGCGACCUUGCUAUGCACUAUCUCAACCGCUUCAACAUCCUCGUCAUUAAGAUUCUGUCCAAGUUCGAGCUCCGCCGCUUGUGCCGUGUCGUCGGUGCCACCCCUUUGGCCCGCCUGGGUGCCCCCAUGCCCGAUGAGAUGGGCCAGGUCGACGUUGUCGAGACUACCGAGAUUGGUGGUGAUCGUGUCACUGUUUUCCGUCAAGAAGACGCCAACGCUGUCACUCGCACUGCCACCAUUGUUCUGCGUGGUGCCACCCAGAACCACCUUGAGGACGUCGAGCGUGCCAUUGAUGACGGCGUGAACGUCGUCAAGGCCAUCACAAAGGACCCCCGCCUUGUUCCCGGUGCCGGAGCCACCGAGAUUCAGCUCGUGGAGCGUAUCUCCGCAUUCGCCGACAAGACCCCCGGUCUGCCCCAGUAUGCUAUUCGCAAGUACGCCGAGGCUUUCGAGGUCAUUCCCCGCAUCCUCGCCGAGUCAGCCGGCCUUGACGCCACUGAGGUUCUCUCCCGCCUGUACACCGCUCACCACCGCAACGCCACUGAGGAGUCCUCCGACGAGGAAGAGGAGGGCAGCUCAUCUGAAGAGGAGGAGCCUUACUGGACUACUGGUGUUGACCUCGAGGCCAGCACCUCUGCCGGCACUCUGGACACUGUCGAGGAGGGUAUUCUUGAUCUCAUGGCUACCAAGAGCUGGGCUAUCCGUCUGGCCAGUGAAUCUGCCCGGACUGUCCUCAGCGUUGACCAGAUCAUCGUGGCUCGACAAGCAGGUGGCCCUAAGCCACCUGGGCCGAACGCCAACUGGGACGAGGAUUAA